UGCCAAAAGAUCCAGGGGCGGUAUCUGGCGGAGCGGGGAAUCUCGUUAGAGUAUGUAUGAGACGUCCUUCAGCCUAACAUCCGCAAACUCUUUGGCCACAUUCUUGACGAAAGCUUUAUGCUGAGUCUGCGCUGGUGGUGAUGGAUACUGCUAGAACAUUUUACAUGAAGAGCAGGCUAACGGGUACGGUAGGCCCUGUGGAUCGGCUUCUUCUUCUUUAUUCAGAGGCGCAAGUCCGGCUAGAUACUCCGGUUACUUCCAUUAGCAAGUCCAGCGAGUGGCUAUUUCUGCACGCAGUAUUGGGGCCGGAGAAGGCCAAGGACACAGAAGCAAAAGAGGCGUUCGUCAUCAUAGUCAUCGCCACGCAUCUCCAGCGCGGCGACUUGAAAUUCGAAAUCAACCUGCUUCCCAGCAGUCUGUCUCCCCUCCCUCCAUUCGUAGAGCAACACCACUCGCUUCACCACGCCAUGAGGAACUACCCUAUCCCCCGCCCUCUUCAAUGUGAGCAAGCCAAGCGACAUCCCCGACUUAAUAUACACUACGCCUCACUCUCCGCCAGAACUUUCUCAAUCCCAAAGUCAUGGAUCGCUACGGGACUCGUGGGGGACAUGCUAGAAGGGGAGGAUCUAAGCAGGUCCCAAAUUCUCUUAUUGCUCAGCUGUUUGGAGAGGAUGCCGAGAGUGUAACUUGGGUGCAUCGGAAGGGAUAGUCGGUUGCUUCUCUGCAGAAUGCGAAUGGGCCGGGUUUGGAGGGUGUAGAGCUUGU